CAGAGCAAGUUGUUUUCUCUACUCUUCUCUCUCUAUAAAUAGAAGUGUGUCGGCUUAUAAAAGCAAUACGGCGGUCUAUGUUCCUCCUCUUCGCUCGCACAGCAUUCGAUCCCCCCUCCAAAACGCUUUCAAGUCAGAGCAGUCUCUCUCUCUCUCUCUCUCUCUCUCUCUCUCGUUCUAGUUCCAUAUCUAUCCUCUAUCCUUCAUCACUGAUGGCUGCAGCGACUCAAGCAAGCCUUUUGCUUCACAAACAGUUGAAAGAUCUUUGUAAAAAUCCGGUCGAUGGCUUCUCUGCCGGUUUGGUAGAUGACAGUAAUAUAUUCGAAUGGAGCGUUACAAUUAUCGGGCCUCCUGAUACCCUUUAUGAUGGAGGUUAUUUCAAUGCCAUUAUGAGUUUUCCAUCUAAUUACCCGAACAGUCCUCCAACAGUGAGGUUUGUUUCUGAGAUGUGGCAUCCAAAUGUUUAUCCUGAUGGGCGUGUUUGUAUUUCAAUCCUUCAUGCUCCUGGGGAAGACCCCAAUGGAUAUGAGCUUGCCAGUGAACGUUGGUCACCUGUCCACACGGUUGAAAGCAUAGUCUUGAGUAUCAUUUCCAUGUUGUCAAGCCCGAAUGAUGAAUCUCCUGCAAAUAUUGAAGCAGCAAAAGAGUGGAGAGAGAGGAGGGAUGAAUUCAAGAAGAAAGUAAGCCGUAUUGUGAGACGGUCUCAAGAAAUGUUGUGAUAUGUCUCCAACAGUUCCAUGCCAGUUAUUUACUUGUCUAUGCCUGGUAAUCGUUAUUUUAUUGAGUCGGAGAAGUGGUUGAUAAUCUGGUAAUUAUGUCCGGUUCAUGUAGAAUUUCCAUUGAAGUUCUUCCAGCCGUCUUUCUCCUUCCCGGCAUCUUUCUGUUCAAGUAACUUGUUAUUGGCACAUGUAACUUGAACUUGUAUUUUGAACGGGUUUGGUCAAGUGCUGAAUGACUGGCUAUCCCCAUGAGUUUGUAGUUUGGUUUCCGGAAGGUAGUACUCGUCCUUCCUUUCCCCAUAGGCCAUAGCGGAAAUAAGUUUGAUACUGAAUUUACCUUUUUUGCAUGUCGUCGAUGAUAGAUUUCUUUAUUCUUACAAGACGUGAGUGAUUGAGAAGUGUGAACAA